AUGAACAGUGCAGCAAAGGAGAAGAAGCGGGCUGCAGACCGCGAGACCCAGCGACACAACCGCGCCCGCACCAAGGCCUACAUUGCGUCCCUAGAGAAAACCAUCCAAGACCUUGCCGCAUCCAACGGGGACGCCAGCCUAGGCCACCAACUGGCUCAGCAGCAAGAGCAGAUCAAUCACCUGCAGCAAACACUUCGCAAGAUAGUCAAUCUCGCCCAAGAUGGCGCAGGCAGUCUUCCGCCUUCCGCCAUUCCUGAAAGGUCAAGCCAGCAUACCCGGGACGCAACAAGUCAGCCCACAUGCGAGGAAGGAACACCAGCAGCCAGUGCAAUAAUGGAUGCGCCCCCCGGGGCCAAUAAUAAUAAUGGCUUCUUUGGCAUCGACCUGAGCUGUUUGGACCGGGAGAGGAAUUACCUCGCGGUGCUGGGCAACGCCCUAAGCUUGGCUCAGUACUUUGCGUCAGAGGUUUCAGGUGGUAAUAAUGAUAAUAAUAAUCAUACGCUGACCCCAGUCUCCGACGAUGACGACUUCUGCAUUCGUGCGGUCGUCGACGGCUGGAAAGCAGCCACCGCUCGAUUCGAAGCCGAUGUCGUCUGGAGCCUUCUUCGAACAUUGGACGAGGGCUUGUAUUGCACCAGGACUGACCCUGUUACAAGAAUCGGCCUGCUGCGCAUUAUGAGAUCCAUGCUACUGCAUAGAAUUGGAGUUGCCCGCGAAGUUCCACCUCUUCCAGAUUACAUGUUAACCACGCCGCAGUUCCGCGAUCACUGGAUUUUCAACGGUACCGAAUACGUCGACGAGAAAUGCGCAGCGUUGUUUAGCACCCGCAUCUGGUUUGAGUGGCCGUUCGAAUUGCGGGAUGUGUAUCACAAACAGGUCAUGACCGACACGUUAUCAUUCUCUGCGGAGUUCGAGAGGAGAUACCACGAUCUGAACAGCUGGCAUCUGAAUUCGGGAACGGAAUGGCUGGAGUGGUCGCUGGAGGCUUGUCAAAUGAGACUCGAAGAACUGCAGCCACCAGCACUUAAGUGA